AUGUCAACGUUAAAGAUUAAGAAAUGUCUCUCUGCUGCAUUAACUUACGACACCGGAAAGUUUGCUGUUGCAAAAAAUAAGACAGUUGGCGUAUUAUAUAGAGUGUUUAUGCUGUCUGUCAUCGGCUACUUAAUUGGGUGGGUUUUUGUAAUGAAGAAGGGUUAUCAAACUCGAGAGGAGUCCAUACAGAGCUCUGUGAUGACCAAAGUGAAAGGGGUUGUAUUGAUCAAUUCCAGCGACACAGGACUCAGUCUGUGGGGCCCAGAGGACUACGUUAUCCCACCUCAUGGAAAAGCAAGUCUUUUCAUCACAACUAAUUUCAUGGAAACACCCAAUCAGAAACUAGGAAACUGUGCAGAGAGCUUUAAAGUUCCUGAUGGCCUCUGUCGUGAUAAUGAUGCCUGCCAACUUGGAGAGGCCGUUACGGCUGGUCAUGGGAUAAAGACUGGUCAGUGCUUGAAGAGUGGAAAUGACCCGGGAAAUGGAACAUGUGAAAUAUAUGGCUGGUGUCCAACCGAAAGGAGUCAGGAACCCCAUGUGCCUCUCUUAGGAAAAGCUGAAAACUUUACCAUCUAUAUCAAGAACUUCAUCAGAUUUCCAAAAUUCAGCUUCUCAAAAUCAAAUAUUCUUGAGACAAACGACGAAAAUUAUUUAAAGAAGUGCAUCUACGAUGAGGCAGCCCAUCCCUACUGUCCCAUCUUCCGUGUGGGGGACAUAAUCAACAAAACUGGACACAGGUUUCAAGACAUAGCUCAAACAGGUGGGGUAAUUGGGAUCCUGAUUGACUGGAACUGCGAUCUGGACAAAGGAUCGUCACACUGCCAACCUAGAUACACCUUCACCCGUCUGGAUGUGAACAGCACUGUCAGCUCCGUCACGUCAGGCUACAACUUCAGAUAUUCCCGCCACUACAAGAAUGCUGAUGGACAGAGCUACAGGACUUUGUUUAAGGUGUAUGGAAUUCGUUUUGAUAUCAUGGUCAAUGGAAAGGCAGGGAAGUUCAGCAUCAUCCCCACCUUAAUUAAUAUUGGAUCAGUAACAGGUCUACUGACACUUGUAAGUAUGAAAUGUUGUUACUGGUGA